AAAUUGACCAUUGGACAAUCCUACCACAAAACCUUUCUAUAGGCCUGCAACGUUUAUGACAUAAAAAGUGGAAUAUGAACGCAUUUCAUCACACCUGACAAUUGAACGGAGCUGUGGCUGUUCGCGAUUUAACUGAUUCUUGAGAGCGAGGAGCGGGAUAUUUGCGCGGCUCAGCUCCGCUCACUAGCUCUGAUUCGGAGGCAUAUCACUUAUGUAUAAAAGGCCGGGACUUUUAUUUAGUUAUACUUCCGGUGAAAUAUCUUGAUCUCGUUAUUGUGUUUCCUAAUUCACCUACCUGUUCUAGAAACGGAGCUGUCCACGCUUGGCAGGCUCCGAGUUAAAGUUUAGAAUUACCUUUUAAGUGAAGUUGCCUUUAGUUUCCAAGUCUUCAUGGUACAUUCCCUCACAGUCAAUGAUGAAACAACCCUGAUAAGCACAGGGCGUUGGAGGAGACCAAGAGCUACACCACCCAGUCCCUGGCCAGUGUGGCCUACCUGAUCAACACACUCGCCAACAACGUACUCCAGAUGCUCCACAUCCAGGCGUCCCAGCUGCGUCACAUGGAGUCCUCCAUCAACCACAUCUCACAGACGGUUGACAUCCAUAAGGAGAAGGUGGCCAGGCGGGAGAUUGGCAUCCUGACCACCAAUAAGAACACCUCCCGCACGCACAAGAUCAUCGCCCCAGCCAAUCAGGAGAGGCCGGUGCGCUACAUCCGCAAGCCCAUCGACUACAGUAUGCUGGAUGACAUCGGCCACGGGGUCAAGUGGUUGCUUAGGUUCAAGGUGAGCAGCCAGAACAUGAAGAUGGGGGCACUUCCACGCACCAACCCGCCCACCCAGAAGCCCCCCAGCCCUCCACUGGCAGGAAAGGGAACCCUGGGGCGCCACUCCCCUUACCGGACGCUUGAGCCUGUGCGCCCCCCCGUCGUCCCUAACGACUACGUCCCCAGCCCCACACGCAACUUGGUGCCUGUCUGUCAGCAGAGCCCAGUGCGCACGGCCUCCGUUAACCAGAGGAGCCGCACCUACAGCAGUGGGAGCAGUGGAGGCAGCCAUCCCAGCAGCCGAAGCAGCAGCCGGGAAAACAGCGGAAGUGGCAGCAUCGGGGUGCCUAUCGCCGUGCCAACGCCAUCACCACCCAGCGCCUUCCCAGGCAUCACCCCUCAGUUCUACAGCAUGAACCGGCCUGUGCCCAGACAAACAGCGCCCCCUGUGGGUGGUUCGCUGCCGUACCGGCGGCCCUCCUCGGUCAUGGCCCAGCCCAGCAUGCCCCUGGCCCAGCAGAACGGAGGACCCUACUACAGUCAGAAACAGAGCCUGAACCAGACACAGAGCCAAGUCUCCGUGGGAUCCCCUCCCCCCCCCUCCACCCUCCAGAUCACCCCCCAGCUUCCUCUCACAGGCUUCGUGGCUCACAUGCAGGAGACCAUCUCGGACGCACCUCCUCCCCCUCCCCCCAGCGACGAGCCGGAGUGUGAGGAGGCGCACACGCCACUGCCUCCCCCAGAGGAGUUUGAGGAGGAGUCAGCUGUGGUGGAGUACAGCGACCCCUAUGCAGAGGAGGACCCCCCCUGGGCCCCCAGGACCUACCUGGAGAAAGUGGUGGCCAUCUAUGACUAUGCGCGUGAUAAGGAGGACGAGCUGUCCUUCCAGGAGGGCGCCAUCAUCUACGUCAUCAAGAAGAACGAUGACGGCUGGUACGAGGGCGUCAUGAACGCCACCACCGGACUGUUCCCCGGCAACUACGUCGAGUCCAUCAUGCACUACGCAGAGUGACAACACCUCACCCACCUACCUGACCUGGUGGUCACAGCUCACACCCCCCUCCCCUCACACACACACACACACACACACACACACACACACACACACACACACACACACACACACAGACACAGCUUUACCCUUCACACACACACAACUACACAACUUACAAAUAUUACACAAUUCCUCAUUUUAAAGUGUGUGUGUGUGUGUGUGCGCGUGUGUGUGUGCGUGUGCCACACAUUCCUACAGAUUCACUGACUGCAGAAGCACUAAAUUGGGAGGGGCAGAGUGAGAAAACCCCUAAUAAACACUGAUAGUUAGUCAUACAUAACCUUAUGACAUGAAGAAAUGCAUAAAUCAACAAUGUGACAAACAACUCUUCUUUCCAUUUUAGAUCAACUGGAAUGCUUUUGAUUAGAGAUUAAUUCUGUCUUGAUACCGAACAGGGAUCUUCAAUCACUUUGUUGCUCUUGGCGUUCAAUGCCAAUCACCAAAAUCUGCUAAGCAGCUAGUCCUGGUUUGCUCUGUGAUUGGCUGCUGGCUUUAGAGGUGGUUUAUUUUGGCCAAGUUGACGUGACCGUUUGCGUGACCUUAUUUUUUUGAAGGAUUAUGUCUUGAGAGUGGAUUUACAAGCCCUGUUAGAAUUUCACUUUAAACCUUUGGUUGUAGUAGUUCAUGUCAGGUUGUACAGAACACAUUUAAGCGAGGAAGGUUUUUUCGAAAAAGGGAAAUCAUUGCAUCAGCAGAGCAAGCUGCCAGGUAUUAGAUGCAAGUCUGAUUUUCAAAGCACCAUCUUUGUUCAAAGUUUUACCUCUUCAUCGUACUUAGCUCAAAAUAACCAGAGAAAAGUAAAAAAAAAAAUGGGAAAAUGAAUUGUUACAUUCAAAACUUCAUUUAGUUUUAUUUAAUACCCAUUCAGCGGAGAGCAUAGCUUCAUGUCUUCAAAUGAAUUCUCAGAGAUGUGUCCGUGUGUAUAAGUAUUUCUGUGUGAACUCGUUGGAAACUGUCAGCCGGCAUCUGCAUCAUGGGUAGUUUUGCAGCACUCUCUUCAGAGCCAGUUGGCACAAAAUGGUGGCUCCGACGUCUCCACUAUAGCGGCCAAUGGAGUGUCGUCUGUCUCACUCCCCACAUAGACAUUCAGUACGGGACAUACGGCCCUGAUUUUGCACAAACUGUCCCAGUUGGCUCCCUGUAGGAAGGACGAGUGGUCCUGCUCCAACCUUGUAUGCAGUACCAUGGCAACAGCAUCCCAUGAACAUGUGUGGAUUAUUCAUCUACAUUUCUUGUACAUUUUUAAAUGUUUUUAUUUUGUUUUUGUCUCCUUUUAUUUCUGUUGCGCCCCCCCCCCCCAUAUUGUGUAGAAAAUCCUAACCAAAUGGUUUAUUUUUUAGUAUUUCCUCUUCUUUUUUUAAUGAUAUUGUUUUUUAUAUGUUGUGUAUGUAGUGCUACUUGGGCUGCAUGCUUAAUAAAAAGAACCAAAAAUGA